AUGGCACGACUCAACACGACGAAUCCACUCAACAGUGCUAUCCAGAGGAAAAAGAGCUUGAAAGAACGAACCGAGCGACUUUCUGCCCACCAACCUUUCACCGAUCAGCAAUGCAGCAACAUGAGGUCUUCCAACGGGAGCAGCACGAGUACACAAUCCGGAGCUUCAUCGCAACGGCACAGUCGGGGAUCCAGCGCCGUCUUUGACAUCUUCUCUGAUGAUAGCGCUAUCCUUGAGAGUGGAAAUAGCUCGCCUAGGAAGCAAAAGAAAACCAGGACCCUCAAAGCUGCAAAUGUCAAUUCCCUCCUCCUCCCGGUCGGCCAGACACCGCGCCAGAGGCCUAUCGUCAAAUUGGAGACAGACGACUUUGAGAAGGAGAAUGACAUUGGGGAGAACACACCGGAGAGACACACAGCAACAAGGGAAGCCCCUCCACAAGCGUCUCCGACAAGACGAAACAUGGCGCAAACUCCAAGAAGAAGCCGCGCAGACAGUACACCUUUGAGCCCCCAAAGCCCCCAGAUGCAACAGAGCCCACAAUCCGAGACAGGGGAAGAGUGUGAGGACAAUAGCUUUGACUCUCUAGAUGACUUCAUUGUUAGUGACAAUGAAGAUCUCAGCUUCCAUGAGACAUCAACUUCCGAGACAGAAGAUGAAAAGAUUCCAACGCCGCCUCCACCCCCAAAAUCCACCCGAAAGAGAUUGAUGAGAGGGAGAAGACCUGAUGACGAUACCGAACAGAAGCAUCUGAAGGAUACGCCGCUGAAAGCACCCUUUCGACUGGAGCCCAGAAUCUCCGAAACACUGAGGCUAUCUUCAUCGACUGAAAGUAACCCUAAACAAGUGUCUCAGGAAGACUUCAACCUCACUUCAAAGCUCAACUCGCUGGAUCUAAAUGGCGACAAUGAACCGACAUCUCAGCUGGAAACAAAGUCUACACGCUCUAUAAUAGAGCUAGACUGUUCGCCAAAAGAACCACGAGAAACAAGAAAGAAGCUGGAAACACCCCCCUCAAGCCCCAAACAAACCCACCUGCAAUCCCCAACAAAAGGCAAGAUUCGAAUUCCAGCCACUCCUCAUCGCGAGACUGUUGAUGCGUUCUGGAGCCAAGAAGAAACCAAUAAGUGGAAUGAUCAGUACUCUCCCCGCAAGGAAAAGUCUACUAGUCGCACUGUGAUUGAACUGCUACAAGACUUUGACGAUUCCGAGGACGAGCAGGAUCGAAGCCGGGGAUCUAGUUCCAGCAGCGACAUCGAGCUCAUUCCUAAGACGGACGUGAGGAUGCCGACGACACCGAAGCCUCUCAGCAAGACAGCCAUCAAAAAGGCAGAAGCGGAAAAGAACCGAGCGGCCAAGGCUCGUCGACUGUCAUUCAACAGCAAGAAGGCCGAGUUGGCACAGACCUUCUUCAACGCCCUCGAUCAAGCUGCAUCUGGAGGAGAGGUCAGCCGGCUUGCAGAGCCUACCGGUGGCGUCACAAUCACCUGGUCAAAGACCCUUAACACAACCGCCGGUCGGGCUCGCUGGAGAGGGGAGCGAGUGGUUUCACAUGGACCAAAUGGCGAGACAAGAGGUCUGAGCAAGAUCCGACACCAUGCCUCGAUCGAGCUGGCCGAGAAGAUCAUUGAUGAUGAAAACAGACUCAUCAACACACUUGCUCACGAGUACUGCCACCUCGCCAACUAUAUGGUUUCCAACGUCCACGACAAUCCCCACGGCGCCAGUUUCAAGGGCUGGGGCAAGAAGUGCGCGGAAGUCAUGAGGGAUCACCCUAUCUACGGCGGACAGAUCAACGUAACGACGAAGCACACCUACCAGAUUGACUACAAGUACGUGUGGAACUGCAUGUCCUGCGGUCAAGAAUAUUGUCGUCACUCGAAGAGCAUCGACACGGGUCGUUCUCGCUGCGGUGUCUGCCGAGGCGUACUGCAGCAGACCAAGCCUAAGCCUCGCAAUGUGUCACCUAAGAAGAGCACAGCCACACCCGGUCAGAGGAAGAUUUUGGAUGAUGUGACAAGAAAUCUAGAUGGAUUUGUCUUCUGA